AUGUGUCCAUGCUCAAAGAAUUCAAAGGAUGCAAAAUCAGAACAAAUUUUUGUUAAAGAACAAGAAGCUAAGAAAUGUGAUAUGAGGAUAUCAUCUAAAUCUGAUAGUGGAUCUGAGUCAGAUGUUAUAGAUCAUAUCCCUAUGCCAAAGAACCUUUUAGUUAGAGGUCCUAGAACAAGUGUUAGUGCUGAGGCUUAUGGUGCUUGGAACAAAAUAAAACCAUUUACCUCUCCCCAUUAUCCUAAAUCUAAAGAGCAAGAAGAUAGAAUUCGAGUAAAAUUGCUUGAAGGGUUUAUGUUCAAUAGCUUAGAUGAUGAUGAGCUCAUGACUAUUAUACAAGCUUGUGUAGAAACUGUAGUAUCAAAAGAUACUGUGAUUAUUAAUCAAGGCGAUGAUGGAGAUAAACUAUACAUUAUUGAAAAAGGUCAGGUUGAUUGUUUUAAAGAGUUUAAAGAUUCAUCUGAAAGGAAACACUUAUGUAGCUUAAGAUCAGGAGAUGCAUUUGGUGAAUUAGCCUUAUUAUAUAAUUGUCCAAGAGCAGCAACAGUUAUAGCUUCUUCAGAUUGUUUAUUAUGGGCUUUAGAUCGCGAAACAUUUAAUCAUAUUGUUAAAGGAGCUGCUGCAAAACGUAUUGAAACAUAUGAAGCAUUUUUAAAAGAAGUAGAUAUACUUAAGACAAUGGACCUAUAUGAACUUAAUAAAUUAGCUAUGGUACUUAAAAGUUCUUCUUUUAAUGAUGGUGAUAUUAUUAUUAAGCAAGGGAAUACAGGCGAUGUAUUUUUCCUAGUAAUAUCUGGUGAAGCUGUAGCAAUUAAAGAUAAUCAAAAGGUAAUGACUUAUAAAAGAGGUGAUUAUUUUGGUGAAUUAGCCUUACUCAGGAAUACCCCUAGAGCAGCUACUGUAAAAUCAAAAGGUAAAUGUAAGGUGGCAUAUCUUGAUCGCAAAGCUUUUAUGCGGCUAUUAGGACCUGUUGAGGAAAUUCUUAAAAGGAAUAUUGAGAAGUACAAUUUGGUUAUGCAGAAUAUAGAGAAUAUGACUUAA